GAAUCAGAGUUUGUGUGUGUGCAUAUGUGUGUAAACACCAUCUGUCUAAAGGUCGAUGUUGUACAAAUAGUGAUUUUUAAAACGGUUUGCUGCUGUUUGUCAUUAUAACAGUUUCUUUAGAGUUUACAUGAAAAAAAAACUGUCUUCAGAAACAUUAAAAUCCUCCGGACUGACGUAAAUCAGGUGAAAAAACAGUGAACUCAACAAGGUUGAUUUACGUCAAAUCUGCUGCGGUUUCUUGAUGUCUGAAUCCAUGAGCUGGAUUAUUCUUCUUUUAGUACAUCUGACCUCAGCGCUUCAGUCACCAGUGUUUCUCGACAGGCGUGAUGCCGUGCGUCUGCUCAGGACUCGAAGGGCGAACGUCUUCCUGGAGGAGAUGAAACCAGGGAAUCUGGAGCGGGAGUGUUAUGAGGAGCUGUGCUCUCUGGAGGAGGCGGCCGAGAUCUUCCAGAGCAAAGAGAAAACGAUGGAGUUCUGGUACAAAUAUCAGAAUCGGAACCUGUGUCGCUUUAACCCGUGUCUGAAUGGAGGAAUCUGCAGUGAGAACCGCGGCGUUCACGAGUGUCUCUGUCCUCCACAGUACAGCGGCCGGAACUGUGAAACAGAGGUGUUUGACUGUAAAUAUAAGAACGGAGGGUGUCUGCACUACUGCAGCAUUUCAGAGCAGACGGCGGGUGUCGUAUGCAGCUGCGCAGACGGGUACCAGCUUGAUGAAGACGGACGGAGCUGCAAUCCAUCAGUGCAGUACCCCUGUGGGAAACAGUGGAGUAGUGGGAUCAUGACUCGCUCGCUGGAUGAUAUAAGCCCCACAGACACUGAUUCUGUAAACCACACCCACACCGUGACAGACUCCUCCCACUCAUUACAUCAGAACAGAAGUUCACUGGACAACUCAACUCACCUGCUAAACCAAACCACAGUUCAACAAGCCAAACCUGGUUCACAGGACGAACUCGCGGACACAGAAAGUGACAUCACAGGUGAAAAUGAGGAUACGCGCAUUGUUGGAGGUCAGCUGCAGGGUCAGGGUGGGAGUCCGUGGCAGGUUCUUCUUCGUCGUGGGGAUGAGCACGGGUUCUGCGGCGGUUCUCUGAUCAAUCAGCGUUGGGUGGUAACGGCAGCUCACUGUCUCCAGCAAACACCAGACCAUGUGACCGUCGGAGACUAUGAUAAGAUGCGUCUGGACAAAGGUGAGCAGAAGAUCAAAGUGGAGAAGGUCGUCCUUCACCCGCAUUUCCACGAAUACACCUUCGACAGUGACAUCGCUCUGCUCUACCUGUCCGAUCCUGUGACUCUGAGUCCGUUCGCCUCACCCGCCUGCCUGCCCGACGCCAACCUGGCCGAACGGCUGCUGAAGCCCGGAGAGCAGGGCCUGGUGACGGGAUGGGGUGCCACGCGCUUCCUGCAGCGUUCAUCGCGCUUCCUGAGGAAGGUGAUGCUUCCGGUAGUGGAUCAGAUGAGCUGCAUCAACUCCACGGAGCAGGUGAUCACGGAUAACAUGUUCUGCGCAGGAUAUCUGAUGGCAGAGAUGGAUGCGUGUACGGGUGACAGCGGCGGCCCCUUCAUAGUCAACUACCGGGGCACGUGGUUCCUGGCCGGGGUUGUCAGCUGGGGCGAGAGAUGUGCUGCCGAGGGCAAAUACGGAGUUUAUACAAGACUGGGAAACUAUUUAUCCUGGAUACGUGAGGAGAUGAUGAAAGAGGAAUCCAGACCCAACCAGAGCAGAGCGACUGCUGAAGUACAGUGAACAUCUGAAGAUUGGCUAACACUUUACAGUAGGCCAAGGUCCCAUUAUGCAUUUGAGCUAUACAUUUAUUGCAGUUUUUAUUAAUCUUUAGUUAAUAAAAAUACAGUUACACUGUAAAAAAGAAAAAGAUUUUUCAAAGUUGUAAAUAAAGAUUGUUGGAGUACGUUUUACAAGAAAA